AGAUCAAGAACAAGCAGCAUUUUCGAAACCCGCCGACUUACAUCCCUCCACAGCAGCCAUGCGCCCCGUUCAGUACCUCGUUCCGCUCGCGGCCGCAGUCUGGGCGUCCGACUGCGACCCAUUCCCGGCGUCAAUGCUCGCCUUCUCCUCCGGUUUCAAGCAGCCAACGCCUCCCAUGGUGAAGCCCGAGUUCAACACCAGCUUCGUCCAGCACAAGUGGGACGAGACCGUGUCGCACAUCAUGACCGGGUACAUGCGCAACUCGCCCUCCGACAAGGCCGUCCGCGUGCACGAGGUGUUUGACGACGCCGUCGCCUCGUCGCUCUUUGACUUUUCCAACGUCACGGCCGACGGCCUCGUCGACAACACGCUGACCACGUGGCGCGACGACGCGACGCAGCCGGACGUGUGGCGCGACUACGUCAACACAAACUACCCGCUCUUCGCGGCGGACAUGCUCGUCAAGGCGGGCGCCGUGUUUGGCGGGCUCGUGGGACGGCGGUUCGUCGACGGGCGUGUGGCGGCUGUGAGUGCUUGGACCGGGCGCACGCACCUGAACGCGGUCUUGGGGUGGGGGCCACUGCUGACGACGCGAUUCUCUAGUGGAACAUGAUGUACCAGGGCGCGAUCCCGGUGACGGUGUACGUGAAUGAGUGCGGCGUGGUGGUUGGGUAUGACUACUUUUCGCCUGGCCGACGCACCAGGGUCGUCACCGAGUUUUUCAACAUUGGGACCUAAUGCGCGAAGCACUAUAUAGUAUGGCCUCCCCAUAUCGGGUGAUGAUGCGGCCAGACUCGUAGGUUCUGCAACGUCCAUACUCUAUAGCAUAUCGUUGGA